AUGGUGGACAAAUGUUUGAAUCAGAGCCUUUCAGUGGUCAUGAAAAGGGAUGACCUGGUUAGGAUCAACCAGGAAAGUCAGGACACAAAUCUGAAUCAGGAUUUUAUGAAAAAUAACAAGACAUCAGCUCACAAGAGAAUUGAAUUAAGAAAAACCCUUAGUUUAAAUUCAAGCCAUAUACCAACACUGAUUAUUAAAAAGGGAAUCUAUUCAGGAUUGAAGCCUGAGGAAUGCAAUAAAUGUCACACUGUGUAUCCUCCCAGUGGGCCUGAUCAACUACAGGCUGGAGAGAAAUUUGAUACCACUAUGAUACCUGGAAAAUCUCUCCAGUUCUGUGAGCCUCUUAAUCAGCAUGACAAUAUUCACAUCAUGAAGCAGCCAUUUGGACCCACUGGACAAGCAAAAGUCUUCACAAGAAAGAUGUUCUGGAAAUCUGAGAGGGUUCAUAUGGCAGAAAACUGUAAUAAGUUAACUGUCACUUUUGGAAAAGCAACUCAAAUAGAAAAAGCUAUCCAGGAAAAUUCUAGCCUCAAUAUGCAUCAACAAACUCACACAAGAAAGAAAUUUUAUAAGUACAUUAGCUAUGUUGAACCUGUCAUUCACCAAUCACAUCUUGCAAUAAAUCAGAGACUAAAUACAAGGGAAAAACUUUACACAUCCUUUGGACAAAAGUCAGUCCUCAGGAAAUGUGAACAAAUUCACACAGCAGAGAAACCUCAUGAAUCUAGUGACUGUGGAAAAGCCUUUACACAAAGGUCAUACCUCAUAAACCAUCAGCGAAUUCACACAGGGGAGAAACUUUAUAAAUGCCUUCAUUGUGGAAGAGGCUUUCUGUGGAAGUCAGUCCUCAUCCCCUAUGAAUGUAAUGACUGUGGAAAAGCCUUUGGACAAAAGUCAGACCUCAUCAUACACCAGCAAAUUCACACAGGGGAUAACCCUCAUGAAUGUAAUGACUGUGGAAAAGCCUUUGGACAAAAAUCAGACCUCAUAAAACAUCAGCAAAUUCACACAGGGGAGAAACCCUAUGAAUGUAAUGACUGUGGAAAAGCCUUUGGAGGCAAGUCAAACCUCAUCAUACAUCAGCGAAUUCACAGAGAGGAGAAACUUCAUAAAUGUAAUGACUGUGGAAAAGCAUUUGGAAGAAAGUCAUACCUCAUAUUACACCAGAGAAUUCAUACAGGGGAGAAACCUCAUGAAUGUAAUGACUGUGGAAAAGCCUUUGGAAGAAAGUCACACCUCAUCAUACAUCAGCUAAUUCACACAGGGGAGAAACCUCAUAAAUGUAAUGACUGUGGAAAAGCCUUUGCACGAAAGUCAGACCUCAUCGUACACCAGCGAAUUCACACAGGGCAGAAACCUCAUGAAUGUAAUGACUGUGGAAAAGCCUUUGGACAAAAGUCAGACCUCAUAAACCAUCAGCGAAUUCACACAGGGGAGAAACCCUAUGAAUGUAAUGACUGUGGGAAAGCCUUUGGACGCAAGUCAAACCUCAUCAUACAUCAGCGAAUUCACAGAGAGGAGAAACUUCAUAAAUGUAAUGACUGUGGAAAAGCAUUUGGAAGAAAGUCAUACCUCAUAUUACACCAGAGAAUUCAUACAGGGGAGAAACCUCAUGAAUGUAAUGACUGUGGAAAAGCCUUUGGAAGAAAGUCACACCUCAUCAUACACCAGCGAAUUCACACAGGGGAGAAACCUCAUAAAUGUAAUGACUGUGGAAAAGCCUUUGCACGAAAGUCAAACCUCAUCAUACACCAGCGAAUUCACACAGGGCAGAAACCUCAUGAAUGUAAUGACUGUGGAAAAGCCUUUGGACAAAAGUCAGACCUCAUAAACCAUCAGCGAAUUCACACAGGGGAGAAACCCUAUGAAUGUAAUGACUGUGGGAAAGCCUUUGGACGCAAGUCAAACCUCAUCAUACAUCAGCGAAUUCACAGAGAGGAGAAACUUCAUAAAUGUAAUGACUGUGGAAAAGCAUUUGGAAGAAAGUCAUACCUCAUAUUACACCAGAGAAUUCAUACAGGGGAGAAACCUCAUGAAUGUAAUGACUGUGGAAAAGCCUUUGGAAGAAAGUCACACCUCAUCAUACACCAGCGAAUUCACACAGGGGAGAAACCUCAUAAAUGUAAUGACUGUGGAAAAGCCUUUGCACGAAAGUCAAACCUCAUCAUACACCAGCGAAUUCACACAGGGCAGAAACCUCAUGAAUGUAAUGACUGUGGAAAAGCCUUUGGACAAAAGUCAGACCUCAUAAACCAUCAGCGAAUUCACACAGGGGAGAAACCCUAUGAAUGUAAUGUCUGUGGAAAAGCCUUUGGACGCAAGUCAGACCUCAUAAAACAUCAGCGAAUUCACACAGGGCAGAAACCUCAUAAAUGUAAUGACUGUGGAAAAGCCUUUGGACAAAAGUCAGACCUCAUCGUGCACCAGAGAAUUCACACAGGGGAGAAACCUCAUAAAUGUAAUGACUGUGGAAAAGCAUUUGGAAGAAAGUCAUACCUCAUAUUACACCAGAGAAUUCAUACAGGGGAGAAACCUCAUGAAUGUAAUGACUGUGGAAAAGCCUUUGGACACAAGUCACACCUCAUCAUACACCAGCAAACUCACACAGGGGAGAAACCUCAUGAAUGUAAUGACUGUGGAAAAGCAUUUGGAUGCAAGUCAAACCUCAUGAAACAUCAGCGAAUUCACACAGGGGAGAAACCUCAUGAAUGUAAUGACUGUGGAAAAGCCUUUGGACAAAAGUCAGACCUCAUAAAACAUCAGCGAAUUCACACAGGGGAGAAACCCUAUGAAUGUAGUGACUGUGGAAAAGCAUUUGGACAAAAGUCAGACCUCAUAAAACAUCAGCGAAUUCACACAGGGCAGAAACCUCAUAAAUGUAAUGACUGUGGAAAAGCCUUUGGACAAAAGUCAGACCUCAUCGUGCACCAGAGAAUUCACACAGGGGAGAAACCUCAUAAAUGUAAUGACUGUGGAAAAGCAUUUGGAAGAAAGUCAGACCUCAUCAUACACCAGAGAAUUCACACAGAGGAGAAACCUCAUGAAUGUAAUGACUGUAGAAAAGCCUUUGGACAAAAAUCAGACCUCAUAAACCAUCAGCGAAUUCACACAGGGGAGAAACCCUAUGAAUGUAAUGACUGUGGAAAAGCCUUUGGACGCAAGUCAAACCUCAUGAAACAUCAGCAAAUUCACACAGGGCAGAAACCUCAUAAAUGUAAUGACUGUGGAAAAGCCUUUGGACAAAAGUCACACCUCAUCAUACACCAGCAAAUUCACACAGGGCAGAAACCUCAUGAAUGUAAUGACUGUGGAAAAGCAUUUGGAAGAAAGUCAGACCUCAUCAUACACCAGAGAAUUCACACAGGGGAGAAACCUCAUGAAUGUAAUGACUGUAGAAAAGCCUUUGGACAAAAAUCAGACCUCAUAAACCAUCAGCGAAUUCACACAGGGGAGAAACCUCAUGAAUGUAAUGACUGUGGAAAAGCCUUUGGACGCAAGUCAAACCUCAUGAAACAUCAGCAAAUUCACACAGGGCAGAAACCUCAUGAAUGUAAUGACUGUGGAAAAGCCUUUGGACAAAAGUCACACCUCAUCAUACACCAGCAAAUUCACACAGGGCAGAAACCUCAUGAAUGUAAUGACUGUGGAAAAGCCUUUGGACAAAAGUCAGGCCUCAUCGUACACCAGAGAAUUCACACAGGGCAGAAACCUCAUGAAUGUAAUGACUGUGGAAAAGCCUUUGGACAAAAGUCAGGCCUCAUCGUACACCAGAGAAUUCACACAGGGCAGAAACCUCAUAAAUGUAAUGACUGUGGAAAAGCCUUUGGACAAAAGUCAGACCUCAUAAACCAUCAGCGAAUUCACACAGGGGAG